CUUGAAUGAAUUAUCUUUUAGCCGUCUCUCUCUUUUGCACAUUCUCUACAACUCUGUUGAAUCCUUGAUACAAAAGUCAACAUGGUAUUGGAGCUCCGUUCGAUCUGUGUAAGGGCGUGAGUUCUAUGAAUCAUUUUUUAGUUUUCUUUGGCUAUCAUGGCUGAAACGAAAAAUGUCGAAGGUCUAUCCUAUUAUGGUCUUCAAUGGUCAAGAAUAUGACAUCAGGGUUGUAAAGGUCAAGACAUAUCUUGAAUCCAUUGAAGUCUAUGAUGUUAUUGAGAAGAAUGGAGUCAAUGAAUGAGAUUGCACAUCAUUUGCCGAUGAUGAAUCUAAUACCCAGUCUGAAACAGGCGUUGUAUCAAAGAAGAAGAAGAAGAAGGAAGUUGUGUCAAAGAUCAAGGCUAAGGCUAAGGCGAAGAGAAGACUUAAGAAGUGGGAUAAAACUGCUCUGCACAUCAUUCAACACUCUAUCACAGAAGGGUUGCAAGACUGUUGAAACUCCCAUUGUUCCAAAACAUAAUUUUUUCAAUUGUGAGGGCUCUCCAGAUGCUGAUGUAAAUGAGUAUAGAUCCUUGAUUGGGAGUUUCCUUUAUCUAUCUGCUACAAGGCUAGACAUUAUGUUUGCUGUUAGUCUCUUAUCUAGGUUUAUGAACAUCUAAAGGACAUCCACAAAGGAGGGGCAAAGCGCAUUCUCAGGUAUCUUCAAGGUACAAAGAACUUUGGGCUCACAUAUAAAGCUGUUGAAAAUUCUAAAUUCUGUGGUUUUUCUGAUAGGGAUUGGGGUGGAUCUGUGGAAGAUUUUAAGAGCAUUUUUGGAUAUGUUUUUUUCUCUGGGCUCAGGUGCCAUUUCCUGGUUGUCAAAAUAACAAACCUGUACUACUAAUCUACUACAGAAGCAGAGUAUGUAUCUGCUGCUAUAGCUGAAAGUCAGUCCAUGUGGCUGACAUUUAUUCUGGAAGAAAUGGGUUUUCCUUCUCAAGGUCCAACUCUAAUAUCCUGUGAUAACUUAUCUGCUAUUGCCAUGAGUAACAAUCCUGUUUUUCAUGGCAGAAGUAAGCACAUUGGUGUGAAAUUUCAUUUUCUCAGGGAAGCUUCUAAUAAAGGAGAUAUUGUGUUUAAACAUUGUGCUUCAGCAGAUCAAGUAGCUGACAUUUUCACCAAAGCUCUGUCCAGGGAGUUCUUUAAAUUCAGAUCUAAUUAAGGUGUUCAUGAAGUGUUAGCUGCAGCACAUUAAGGGGAAGUGUUGGUGUAAUGUGCUUCAAGGGCACUUUAGUAUUUUGCUCUUUAUGUCUAAAAUAUGUCGUUUUACUUUUAGUUGUUUAGGGUUUAUCCCUGCUGUGUAAGAAAUAAGAGUAAUGCUUGAAUGAAUUAUCUUUUAGCCA